AAACCUCGCAGUGAAGUUAUCUAGCUAAAGAAGACAUUAUGCUAGCUUAAUUAUUAAAUGAGAGAAACUGUUUUCGAAGUAGUUUAAGCUACGUUAACGUUUACUGCCUUCGUAAAGCGCGGGAUGUUAUUAAACGUCGGUUGUUGUGUAAUAACGAGGGUGUCGAAGAGGAGCCGGUUGGGUAACGUGAGGCACGCUGCUGUUGCUUUUGCUCCAGAUGUCACAGAAGAACGACUCCGAAAAUGACAUUUGGGAGUAUAAACCUCUGGAGAAGAAAAAGAAGCGUCGGGAACCCCAUCCUGCACCUGCAACAGCGACCAAAAGAAGAUGUCCACCCAGAAAAGCUACCAAGAGAGACUCUGCUUCGCUCAAGUCACCUGGCAGGAAAGUAAACACAGCUGGGAGUGGGGAUAGUAAUACGGUUGUUGUUAACAUAGACGUAGAUGGACAUGGUAGUUUACAGGACCAACAUCUACCCUCAAAGUCAUCACCUGCUCAUGACACAGAGCAGAAGGACGAUGGUGCUGAGGGACCAUCCUCUGGAGAGUUUUGCCCCAUGUGUCAGAUGCCCUUUUCCAUUCUGGUGGUCCAGACUCAAAGAUGGCAUGUUGCUGAAUGCAUAGACACCCCCAGGGACACAUGCAAAGAGUGUCCAGAUGGCCUCCAGUGCUCUUCCACCAUUCCAACCCAUUACAAGAAGUUCAACCACACACUCCUGGCCCAUAGUCGAGCUAACGGUGAUGCAGCCCUCCUCAGUCUCUCCCAGCAGGCUGGAACCAGCAGUGAGACCAGCCUCAGCGGUCUCCCAGGACUCAUAAACAAUGAGGUGGAUGGCUCUGUUUUAGAGAGCUCUCAGGACAGUCUUUCUGCCUUAUCCAACCGUAGUGCCUCCCCUCACAAUAACCAAACAGGAACACAUCCGUCAAAACGAACAAAUGGCCUCUUGUUUUUGCGCUCACCUGGCCCCGAAGAUUUUAAGAAAAGGAAAGGCUGGUCAUCCUCUUUGAAAAGACAAAAGUCUAUUAGUUCUUCCCAGGAGAGUAGAGCAGAGCUUUCAUCAGCUCCUGUCAAGGCAGAGAGUGGAGGAGGAGCUUGUGAACCCAAAAUCGAACCUUCCCCUGAUGAUGAUUUUAUAUCCUAUUCUCCUAUUUCUGAGCUCCCAGCAGACACUGAAGUGAAAAGCAGUGAAUGUCGAAAAGCCCUUUUUAAAAAUGAUGCAUCUGAAAAUGAGUCUGAAGACUCUACGUUGCUGUUUAGUGAAGAUGAACUUCUCACUGAAUUCAUAGAUAAUUUGGAAACCAGUAAUGUGCAGCAUGCUUCCUCAAACACCCAGCUGGAAGCAGUUAGCUCAGGACCGCCCACCAAUCAGCUAGCUGCCUCUGCAGUAGACAGAUCUGAUCACACAAGUGGGAAAGCAGCGCAAAGUAGUAUUCAGUCUCCACAGAGUAUUGUUUUAGAGCGUCUGAGAGAAACUCUUCGAAGCUCAGAUAGCCUGCAUAUAAAAAACUUGAAUGAAAGCAGUGUUCAGUCAGAGCCGCCUCCUCUAGUGCUUCCAUCACAAACCUCCAUUGUCCAUUCAUCUCAAACAAUGCCACCUCGGAAGGGGCAGAGCAAGACAGGUCAGGCCUCCUCUCUGAAGCAGACGGACAUUGGGGUGUUUUUUGGCCUCAGACCCCUGAAAGAGAAGGAGAAAGAGGCUGAGAGCGGACCAAACGAACCCAACACCACGUCUGUUCCAACGCUUGGUGAAAGCUCGAGACAGAGACGACCAAGGAAGGAAAGGCAAAGAAAAAGUAUGGCUGACACAGCUGCAGAUAGCUCACAGGGCACUGUGGCUGUAGAUAAUAGUAACGUAACAAGGAAUACUCAAGGAGAAGCAGGGAAAGGAAGGAACAGAGGAUGGAGAGGGAGAAGGUGGAACAGAGUGAAUGCUGAUGGAGAAGUACAGCUCCCACGCUGUCCCUUCUACAAGAAGAUUCCAGGGACAAAGUUUGUCAUAGAUGCUUUUGGGUACGGAGAGAUUGAGGGCAUCACUGCGUACUUCCUCACACAUUUCCACUCAGACCACUACGGAGGGUUGACCAAGAAUUCCACAUUUCCAAUAUACUGUAACAGAAUCACAGGGAACCUGGUGAAGAGCAAACUGAAGGUGGCAGAGGAGUAUGUACACAUCCUCCCCAUGAACACCCGGGUCACUGUGGAAGGAGUCACUGUCAUCCUCCUGGAGGCCAACCAUUGUCCUGGAGCUGCCAUGCUGCUGUUCUACCUGCCCGAUGGACAGACUGUCCUCCACACUGGAGACUUCAGAGCCGACGCCUCCAUGGAGACGUACCCCGAGUUACUCAGCUGCAGGGUGCAGACGCUUUACCUGGACACCACCUACUGCAGCCCUGAGUACACCUUCCCCAGACAGCAGGAGGUCAUCAAUUUUGCAGCGAGCACAGCCUUUGAAUUGGUGACGCUCAACCCACGUACACUUGUGGUGUGCGGUUCCUAUUCUGUGGGAAAAGAGAAGGUCUUCCUCGCGCUGGCGGAGAUCCUGGGGUCCAAAGUGUGCCUCUCUAGGGACAAAUACAACACCAUGUGCUGCCUGGAGUCUGAGGAAGUCAGAAAUCGUAUAACCACCGACUGGAAGGCGGCGCAGGUCCACGUGCUACCCAUGAUGCACCUCACCUUCAAAAAACUGCAGGAUUAUCUGGCGCGCUUCUCACGGCAGUACGAUCAGCUGGUGGCCUUCAAGCCUACAGGCUGGACCUUCAGCCAGCAGGUGGAGUCAGUGGAAGAUAUCCAGCCUCACGUCAGCGGCAACAUCUCCAUCUAUGGAAUCCCGUACAGCGAGCACAGCAGCUUUCUGGAGAUGAAGCGUUUUGUCCAGUGGCUCCAACCCCUCAAGAUCAUUCCCACAGUCAACGUCGGCAGCUGGGCCAGCAGGAAGGCCAUGGAGAAGUACUUUAGUGAGUGGAAAAUGGAGGCGAAAGCUAAACGGUAGCUUAUGCAUCAGUAAAAACUGUAUUCGCAGCUGACCUCUCAGCUGUUUGUUGGUAAUAAGAGCGGAACCAAUUAAUUCUCAAUGCCUCAGAUACUGUAUGACCAUGGGGAACAAAGGUAUUAACACUACAACUCAACACUAAGCUCAUGAUGCUAGCAGAGCGAGGGGCUGUAAUAUGAUUAAGAAAAAAGGUCAAGCGCACACUCUUGAACUCUUUUAUCUUGAACCAGCUGACCUGAAAUAACUGAAAACGCUGAAAGCUGUUCCAUGUAAACACGAUCUGAUGUCUUAUGAAUCAUGUCUACGGUCAGACCUGUGUCCUCCAGAAGCAUUUUACAUUGGAACUAAAUUAAUAGGAUGUUUUUUAUGCUACCCUGCCACUUCAUCUGUUAACCUCAUUUGUCACCUAUAUACUGCAGGCGCUGCUUUGAAAUUGUGCAAUUUCAUAAUUAUCUGUAUUAUUUUCUAAAUUAAAUUUUUAUCCUGAAAAAAUAAAUGUUUGAAAUGUUAAUUUUAA